UAUGGCAUAAUAAUAUCUGAAUCGGUUUGCUGAUUUAACUAAUGAGGAGUAUAAAGCUAUGUUCUUGGGUACAAAGAUGGAGAGAAAGAAUAGAUUUCUGGGUACAAGGAGUCAGAGGUAUUUGUUUAAGGAUGGUGAUGAUUUGCCUGAGAAUGUUGAUUGGAGAGAAAAGGGUGCUGUUGUUCCUGUUAAGGAUCAAGGCCAGUGUGGGAGUUGCUGGGCUUUCUCAACUGUUGGUGCAGUAGAAGGCAUAAACCAGAUUGUAACUGGUGAGCUAAUUUCUCUAUCUGAGCAGGAGUUGGUAGACUGUGAUAAGUCAUAUAACCAGGGAUGCAAUGGAGGUCUCAUGGACUAUGCCUUUGAAUUCAUCAUCAACAAUGGUGGCAUUGAUACUGAAGAAGAUUACCCUUACAAGGCCUCUGAUAACAUAUGUGAUCCAAAUAGGAAAAAUGCUAAGGUAGUUACCAUUGAUGGAUAUGAAGAUGUUCCUGAAAAUGAUGAAAAUUCCUUGAAGAAAGCUGUUGCUCAUCAACCAGUUAGUGUUGCCAUUGAAGCUGGAGGCAGGGCUUUCCAACUCUACAAAUCGGUAAUUACUGAAUUAUCCUGCUUAAAUUGUUCUGUAAUGCAGAUUUAGCAUUAUUAACUUUUAUGUGUAUACCUAGUUCGUAGCACACAGAGCCAUCGUUUAUGUCAAUAGCCAUGGAUAUUAACUGUUCUAAGGCAACUAUAUUCAUUAUGCAUCUUCUUUCGGCUUUUAGCUUAAACCACAGCCUCUGAUGAACUUAUUGUUUUGUUCUUCUCAAUUCGAUAAUUGAUACUAAAAAGCUUCUGAAUCAUUACCUAAUGAAAUGCCAAUCAAUGAAGUCUAUGCCAAUUCACAUUUGUAAAUCUGGUUCGUCUUGGCUUAAAUCUUGCUUUUCUCCAUUAAGGGUGUUUUCACUGGUAGAUGUGGCACAGAGCUGGACCAUGGUGUGGUUGCUGUUGGAUAUGGUACAGAAAAUGGUGUGAACUAU